ACCAACCUGCGACAAUACCCAUCCCCGAUUGGAACGUUUUCAAGCUGCAGUGUAGGCCUAGCUGUAUUUGCAACUUUUUCAAGGUCAGAACUUGACCAGUCAGUCUUCAGGAACUUGUCGAAAAUGUCUUCCACAUGGAAGCCCAAGCCUCGACCACCACCAACUACCGAGCUUGAAGCAUCUCAGUGGCCCAAGGCCGUCGGUUCUCGACCAGCACAGCCUCAUUCACCAGCCCCCGACCCCGUGCAGAACACAGAAUCUCUUGGAGCCUAUACCUAUUACAGUCGAGGAAAUCCAUCACCUCAACAGGCCAUUCGUCAAAGAGUAGGAAUGACUGGACUCGCCACAACUUACAGACGAACAGUGGAACCGCAACACGUCCAACAUGUGCAACACGAACCGAGCACACCAACCGUGUAUCAGCCGGUCACUCCCCCGUCUUCUCCACCGUCUUCCCUGCCUGGUCAACGACCGGUACCAGCUGCCCCGCCGCGCGUCCCUGUUAUUACUAAACAGCGUGUUCCUCCACUAAAGAAGGAGAUUAAAUCUCCCCCAGCGGCAAAUUUGAAGAGUUCGAAGGUUUCUCUAAGUACUUCAAGAUCAACCUCACCAAGGUGCAUCUGUCAUCGAGACCAUUGCAAGAUCAUUUGCUAUAUCUGUGGGAAGACUCAGAUUGGUCGAGUUCGGAUGCAGUGUCCAGAGCACCCAAACACCAUCCAUCUCAUGGACUAUGACCGAUGCCCGGACUGUAAAGGGGUAAAUCUGACCGAGAUGAGAGCAAGACCUCAUUGAGUUCAGUUCAGAAGAGUGUAUAGUUACUGGGUAUACAUGUACAUGUAUUAUGCAUAACAAACAUUUUCAGACUUCACAUGAAAUACAGGAUUGUAUCUUUAUUGCUGAAUUCACUUGUCAGGCUUAUUUGUGGGUUUACUACAAAAACAAGCCUCCAUGUUUCUGAGUUUAAAAACGUCAUAUUCCCAAUCAUGAGUUAGGCCUAUGCUAUUAUAAAGUCAUUGGUCCUUUAGUAUAUGCCAGUGAAAUAAGAGGCAAGUAUAAAUUUUUGCAUGAAGUUUGAAGUCUUGAAAAUUUCAGGGUAGAGUAGGUAUUAAUUCCACAGAAGCUGAAAAAGUUGAAGGGAAAUUGAUGUGUACUUUAACUGGCAUUGGACACUUUUAACAAAGCCCCGUGUAUAAAUAGGUAACUGUGUUUGAGUUAAUUGUUUCGAUGGUAACGGAAGAAGGUCUUGUUUAGGCAAGGGUUUUUUCAAAUUGGUGCUCAGAUCUGCCAACCUUGUGGAUUCAGAACUGGACAAAAAUAAUUUUGUUUAUAUUGAGAAAUCUCGGAUCCGCUGGCCAACAAUUCACCAAUAUGAGUGUAAAAAAAGGUUUAUGCUCCGCUGUCUGGCAAGUGCGUUUUGUUUUUUGGGGGGUAUUCUUCACUGCGACUUGAAUAUCCUUAUUUGUUUUUCUUCAGACCAUAAAAAAAAUUCUUGUCUUUUUGAUUUCCUUCUGUCCUCCUCUGAAAUUUGUCUUUACAAAAAUCUUAGUACCAACUUGUGAAAAAAUGCUCGCCUUAAUUUGAAUGAAAGAUAUACAUUUUGCAGUGAUUUAACAAAACUGACAAAGCUCCAACAAUAAGAGCCUAUUGGCUUCUCUUUAAUUGUUAUCAAGUUCAACCAUUUAUCAAUGUAAUGAGAAUUUCAAAAGUCAUCAAGUAUCUGGGAACUUGAAGCACGUUUGAAGUGCAUGAUUAUGUAAGUUUUAUGACCUGAGCUUUUUCUUUCUGCAUUUGACCUCCGGGAGUUGAGUCAGAAAAUCAUAAACAUAAUUAUUGUAAAUAUUUUAAUUUGUUUGCUUUUCCCAAGAUGUGAAUCUACUUAACUGCAGAACUUAUCCACUUUGUUUUCGGCGCCAGUCUUCCUUACUCCUGUCCAAGGACACAAGUUACAAAAAGUACGUUGCCCUUGUGCAUCUACAUGUACUCAAGAAGCAUUAAAAGUAACUUGUGUGACCUCAUGUAGGUAAUGUCAGUUUUAGUAGAUGUAAAGUUGACCCGUUACAGUUGUAGAUUUUAGGCUGCUUUGACCUAUUACUUAAACAGUUCUGUAUUUAUAAGGAAGGGAGUGGUUCUGCAGCAUUAUUUGAUCAAAAAGCACUUUCCAUUUUUGUCACUUGUUUAUACAGGUAUCUAAAACAGCACGGUGAUAAGAACAGACUUUUCGGGGACAUAUGAUUGCCAGUUUCUUGCGUUUUGUUUAAAAGAAAUCAGAGUAAAGUGUGUAUUUCUAUUUUGUUGUCAUGAUAAAGAUUUGUUAUUUAUAUAGCAGGCCAAAGCAUCACAGCUCUGAAGGACCAGUGUGCAUACAAGCAUGUUUGCUAUCAAAAGUGAGUGAAAAAAAGUAGAAAAAGUUUCACCUGUUGCUUGAGUUACUCAUGGAACUGGUCUUUCCAAAACAAUUUGUUUCAAGAAUGUUAACAUCCUUAUGUAAAGAGUAAUUUAGAAAGUUAGUAAGUUAAAACGUUUAUUGGGUAUCUUUCAAAAGGUCCCCUUUUUGUUUCUUUUUGUGUGAUCAACCUUGUUUAACUUUGUAAAUUGUAAAAAGGACUGGAGUGUGAUUUGAUGAUUGUUUGGAGUUCACUUGAAAAUCUAAGACAAAUGUUUUUCCAAGUAGAAUCCAUUGAAUAUGUACUUUGCACUUGAUCAAAACGUCCUAUAAUACAUGUACAUCCAUGAAAGACACAACUUUUUGUUAUGCAAUAAAGUAACUUUAUUUGGUAA